GGGAGACCGCUAUAUUUCGGAGCUCGCGCCAGGCUUUUGAGGACUCGAAUAUCUGUCGACAGGGGGCGCGAGCCAGUGACACCAGACCCACUGGGUGAACCAGACCACUAAAUAUGAAGACUUGAAGUGCUACGCAGUCAACGUGAGACCCCUUAAAGAUCCGCGCGGUGCCCCCCGCUCCCUAUUAACAAAUAACUGUCAACAACGCGUUAUUCCCUGAAAACCGUUCAACGCGUUCAGCGGUAUUCCCGAAAAGAUGUUCGGGUGAUUUCUGAGUGUGAUUUGACCACGUUUUUGUUCAGUUUCUCUUGUUUUUGCAUCGUUUUAAAAGCGGAGUUUAUCGAGAGCCCCGCUACACGCAAGUCUGUUGAUCCGGAUGAACGAACUGUUGAAAAAGUAAAAACUCUCAACAGAUUUUGCUCGCGGACAACUUAUCUGGAGCUGAGGAGACAGCAGAAGCUAUGGCUUACUCUCUCUCGCUCAGUCUGCUCUACCUGGGCUUGCUGUGUGGAAACGGACUGGUGUCCGCAAGAGGAUCCGAGCUGUUCACUGCAGAUCCAAGCAGAGGACCUCAUUUUAUGGGCUGCCGCUCCAGAGAGCAGGAGACCUUCCGUUGUUGGUGGAGCGCUGGGACCUUCCAGAACCUCACCGAGCCCGGAGCCCUCAGGGUCUUCUACAAGACAAAAAAAGCUCUCUCUGAGUGGCAGGAGUGUCCAGACUACACACGUACUGUGGAAAACGAGUGUUACUUCAACAAGACCUACACACAGAUCUGGACCUCUUACUGCGUCCAGCUGCGCUCAGUUCCUCAGAACAUAACCUAUGAUGAGGCCUGCUUUACAGUGGAGAACAUAGUGCAUCCUGACCCACCAGUUGGGCUGAACUGGACUCUACUGAACGUGAGUCGCUCAGGGUUGCACUUUGACGUCCUUGUGCGCUGGGCUCCCCCUCCAUCAGCAGAUGUGCAGAUGGGCUGGAUGAGCCUGGUGUACCAGGUUCAUUACCGGGUCAGGAAUGCCUCCCACUGGGAAAUGCUGGAUCUGGAGAGUGGCACACAGCAGUCAAUCUACGGUUUGCAUACUGACAAAGAGUACGAAGUCCGGGUGCGCUGCAAGAUGCUAGCCUUUGACAACUUUGGCGAAUUCAGUAACAGCAUCAUUGUGCAUGUGGCGCAGAUACCAAGCAAAGAAUCAAUGUUCCCGACGACGUUGGUGUUAAUUUUUGGAGUGAUCGGAGUGGUGAUUCUUCUUGUCCUCCUCAUCUUCUCUCAGCAGCAGAGGUUGAUGGUGAUAUUUUUACCACCUAUUCCUGCACCUAAAAUUAGAGGUAUCGACCCAGAGCUGCUGAAGAAUGGAAAGCUUGACCAGCUCCAUUCUUUGUUGAGCAGUCAAGAUAUGUACAAGCCGGACUUCUACCAUGAGGAUCCAUGGGUGGAGUUCAUCCAGCUGGACCUUGAUGACCCUGCAGAGAAGAAUGAGAGUUCUGAUACACAACAUCUGCUGGGCUUGUCCCGCUCAGACUCUUCUCACUUCCUGAAUUUCAAAAGUGACAACGAGUCAGGUCGUGCUAGCUGCUGCGACCCAGAAAUCCCUAAACCCGUGGACUUGCCUUUGGUUUCCAGAAGCAGCUCAUCCAUCUCUGAUCUUGGCAUCCAGCAGACAUCCGAAGUUGAGGAAACGCCCAUUCAAACACAAUCCACUGUGCCCAGCUGGGUUAACAUGGACUUUUAUGCCCAAGUAAGUGAUUUCACAGCAGCAGGAGGAGUGGUGCUUUCACCUGGACAACUGAACAGCCCUCCGGUGAAAAAGAAGGAAGAAGAGAAUGAGAAGAAGAUACAAUUCCAGUUGGUUUCCGAUGGAGCCUAUACCUCAGAGAACACAGCCAGGCUGCUUUCUGCCGAUAUGCCACCCAGCCCUGGUCCUGAGCAGGGCUACCAAGCAUUCUCAACCCAAGAUAUUGAGGGGAACCUCUGGAAUGUCGAGUACCUGGUGUCCGGCAAUGAUUCCCAGACGCCGUGCCUGGUUCCUGAAGCUCCUCCGGCCCCCAUACUGCCCCCAGUAUCAGACUAUACUGUAGUGCAGGAGGUAGACGCCCAGCACAGCCUCCUCCUGAAUCCUCCUCCCUCACAGCCCGUGAUAUGCCCUCACAGCCCAAACAAACAUCUCUCCGCAAUGCCAACCAUGCCCAUGGGGUACCUCACCCCAGAACUCCUGGGAAACCUGAACCCAUGAAGGAACUAAAAAGCACAAAACUCAUGGUCUUGUUGUACCUUUUCACUGCUGGAAACCAAAGUUGCAUGAAUGGCAUGACAGUUGGUGAAAAUUCCAUUUUGUUUGGGAAUUCUGCGCAUGAAUUUUCUCUAAUAUACGCAACAAAAUGG